AUGAUAGGAAAUGGGCCAAGUGCAAUGGACAUUUCGAAAGAUGUCGCAACUGUUGCUAAAGAGGUUCAUCUUUCGUCAAGAUCACCCAACACGAUAAUCUCCAAACUAAAUGGCUACGAUAACUUGUGGCAACAUUCAGAGAUUGAUUUCAACGAUGGUGAACGUGGUAUUGUGAUAUUUAAAGACGGUUCAUCAGUUCAUCCAGAUGUCAUCUUUCAUUGUACCGGAUACAAAUUCGAUUUCCCAUUUCUUAAGACAAACGGGAUUGUGACAGUUGAUGAUAAACGUGUUGGACCGUUGUACAAACAUGUGUUUGCGCCAGAGUUCGGCCCAUCUCUUUCUUUCCUUGGCUUAAAUAAUUUUGGAAUUCCGUGUCGAAUAAUUGAGCUACAAGCGAAGUGGGUAGCAAAAGUCUUGUCGGGUUUUGCGGUUUUGCCUUCUAAAGAGGAGAUGAUGGAAGAUGUUAAAGAAUAUUACAAAAAAAUGGAAGAAAGUGGGAUCCCUAAGCACCAUACUCAUCGUCUCGAAUGGAAAACGAGCGAAUAUAUAGAUUGGCUUGCUACUGAAAUCGGUAUUCCAACUAUGGAAGACAGAUUGAAGCAAAUGUUUUAUGAUAUUCUUAGUUUGGUUUUGUCCCGGUCGAAUUCUUCACUUGAUGUCCAGCUUAGGGACUCUUGA